GAAUUCAUUUUCACACAUCAAUAGGGGGAUAAAGAACUCUGAACCCCAUUUCGAAGGCUCUUAUAAAUGUAAGCAGGAUAUUUCUAGAGUUUGCAGUGAGCAUUGAGCAGUACUGUAAAAAUGGUAGAGGGGUCGAGUGAUUAUUAUGGAGAUCAGCGACUGAAAGAGAAUAAUAAUAGUGGAUCAGCUGCAGGAGCAGGAAAGUACUUGGUGUGGGAAGAUAUAACGGCGGCGGCGGCGGCGGCGAACUUGAAAACUGGUGCAAUGUCGAGAAAGUUGCUCAAUGGGAUUAGUGGCUACGCUGAACCUGACCGGAUGAUGGCACUCAUGGGUCCUUCUGGCUCUGGAAAAUCAACCUUACUUGAUGCCUUGGCUGGGAGGCUUCCGGCAAAUGUCAAAGUGUCUGGGGAUGUAGUACUGAAUGGGAACAAAAUAAGCAGAAACUGCACAGAUAUUUCAUAUGUAACUCAAGAAGAUGUUUUCCUGGGAUCACUUACAGUCAGAGAAACCCUAACAUAUUCAGCUCAUAUAAGGCUCCCGUGUAAAAUGAAUAAAGAGGAGAAGAAUAAGGUGGUAGAAAACACUAUCACAAAAAUGGGGCUUCAAAAUUGCGCCGGAAGCAACAUCGGAAAUUGGCAUUUGAGAGGCUUAAGUAAUGGAGAAAAGAGGAGACUCAGCAUAUGUAUUGAAAUACUUACACAACCUCAUGUAUUGUUGCUUGAUGAACCCACCAGUGGCCUUGACAGCAGUUCUUCUUUCUUUGUAAUAUGGGCUUUGAGAAACAUUGCUUGUGACGGAAGAAUAGUCAUUUGCUCUAUUCACCAACCUAGUAUCGAUGUCUUCAAUCUCUUCAAUGAUCUGCUCCUCUUAGCGGGAGGUGAAACUGUUUAUUUUGGAGAAGCAGAGAUGGCCGUAAAGUUCUUUACUGAUGCCGGAUUUCCUUGUCCAACACGAAAAAAUCCUCCAGACCACUUCCUUCGAUGCAUUAGUUCAGACUUUGACAAAGUUCUAGCAGCUCUUAUGCUAUCUCAAAGAAUCAAUUGUGCAUCUACAGACUCCUUAAUUUCCCAAAAGAACUUGACAACAGAUGAGAUCAAAGGAAAGCUAAUCAAUGCGUACAAGUCGUCUGCAUUUUCAACAGACGCAAGAAAAAGGAUCCGAGAAAUCUUGCUCACUGAAAGACCUGCAGAACCAUCAAACAAGGGAAGUAGUGCCAAAUGGUGGAAGCAGCUAUGCACAUUGAUCAGUCGAUCUUCAAUAAACAUGUCUAGAGAUAUUGGGUACUACUGGUUAAGGAGUGUGUUCUACAUACUAAUUGCAGUGAGUGCUGGCUCUUUCUUCUUCCACAUUGGAACAAACAAUCAAGCAAUUGUGGCAAGAGGAAAGUGUGACGGUUUCAUAUAUGGCCUCAUGAUUUGCCUGUCUAUUGGAGGCAUACCCUUUGUUAUUGAAGAAUUAAAGGUAUUUAGACAGGAAAGACUUGGUGGGCAUUACGGGGAAGCUUUGUUUGUGCUUUCCAACUUCCUCUCCUCGCUCCCCUUCGUGGUUGCCAUGGCUUUCUCUUCUGGAACAAUACUAUACAACAUGGUCAAAUUUCACUCAGGAUUCUCCCAUUACUUGUAUUUUUGCAUCAAUCUUUUCUGCUGCAUUACUGUCACGGAAGGAACGGCAUUGAUUGUGGCUGCAGUGGUUCCAAACCUCUUGAUGGGCAUUGGAGCUGCAGCUGGCAUAACUGUAUUUAUGAUGAUGCCAUCUCUUCUUUUCCGGAGGCUGGUUGACCUUCCAAAAAUCUUUUGGCGAUACCCAAUGUCAUACCUCAGCUACGCAGCAUGGUCAAUACAGGGUCAGUAUAAGAAUGACAUGAUUGGGCUGGAAUUUGACCCUCUGGUGGCUGGAGAUCCAAAGUUGAAAGGUGAGGAUGUACUCCUUCACUUGUAUGGGAUAAGCCCUGAUGUUUCCAAAUGGUGGGACUUGGCCGCUUUGGCAUGCUUGUUACUUUGUGUACGGAUCAUCUUUUACUUGGUGCUCAAGUACAAAGAAAGAGCCUCAUUGUGUAUACAGAGACUUUAUUCCAAAGCAACAUUCCAACACCAUCCCAAAAGAGAUUCAUUGAAGAAGGAGCAAUUUGUCUCCAAUUCCAAGAGACACCGAACCCUAAAUUCGUUAUCUUCUCAAGAGGGUCUUGGAUCACCACUUCCAUAGUUUGAUUGUGUCGUUUUAUUUUGGAUAGUGGCUUUCAACCCUGUUUCUCUUUUUUUUUACUCAUUCUCUUGUUUCAAUCUCUUGAUUCUCCUUUAAUUUACUCAACUCAAGAUUCAAAUGACAACAAAAUGUAAGGAGUAUGAGGAGUAAAAAAAAGUGCAAGAAUCACUUCUCUUUC